AUGUGGAGUGUUGUGGAGGCAAAGCAGAAGCCCUCUAGACGACGCAGAGAAAAAUCUGCCGCAAAAAGAAAACAGACGGAUGCCAUCUUCACGCUGGCCCCAACUGUUUCUUCUCGUAUGAUUUCGGCGCUGGUGCGCGACCUCCGUCGAACGUCUGAGGCGUUGCGAGGACUGACUUUUGCUUGUCGUGACAUUUUGUCGCCGGUGCGGCGGUUCUUAGAGACGCGUGUGGACGUUUUGACACGCGUCCAUCUCAUAGCACUUGGCAUCGGACCGUUUUCGCGGCAGGAGUCACGUUCAGGCUUUCUGCAAAUGGCUUUUCUGUUAGCAUUGAAGAAUGAGUGCGAGAAUGUCAUACAAAAACAGUCAAAGCCCCUCGCACCUGCUGCUGUGGGGGCUCGAGUUGACACUUUUCCGGGCGCCGGGGCGACGUGCCUGUCGUGUGAGGGAUCGCCUGGUCUUUUCACGAGCUUUUUUGAUCCCGUGGCUGGGGAUCUUUAUGCCUGCUGCUGCGAAAAGUUAGGGGUGGUAAUGGAAAAGGAAAAUCGCUACGGCGCAUAUACACCUAACGACUUAAACGCCCUGCUCAUUGCGUACCUGCCGCACUGUCCGUGGGCACUGCUUCGCAAUCUUUUUGUUUCCAAUCUUUUGCCAUGCCGGGAAUUCGCUGGUGCUGGCCACGUGGGGCAGCUGGGGUCUGUGCUGGUGGUUGGAAACGAUCUCCGCGGAAGGGCAUGUCGGGAGAACGACUUUCUGGAGGCGCUUAUUCCGUUUUUGCGUUUUGACACGGUGCGGGCAGAGCAAAAAAAAGGCAACCCGCGAGUUGUUGACAGGGUGGAGGAUGUGGGCAACUCUAUCCCCAGUGGGCUGAGAGGGAUUAGUCGGAAUGAUAUUGCGUGCGCUUUUUCCGAUACCGCCGUUAUGCAAACAAACACGGAGCGGGAGGCGGAGUUUUUAGAAGCGCUACCGCGGCUGCGUUUACCACCUCUUGUGAGAGAUGGCCCUGAUCUGCUGUAG